CACGCACUCUCCAUCAACGUGCCACUCCGGAUUCAACUAACCUCACUGCGAUGAAACAAGCCAUAUGAUAUUAUGAUUGAUCAAGCGCAAUGUGGGCAGAAAACGCAACAAAUCACACCGUCUUCGGUUCGGCUUCGUGCUCUGGUCUUGGCUCCAAUGGCGGCGUUUCUGGUAUGGAUUCUCCUCUUGUUACCGUACGUUGCCAUUUCGUCCACGGCGAGCCAUGGCGUUCGUCUUGAGCUCACGCACGCCGACGACCGCGGCGGCUAUGUGGGGGCUGAGCGCGUCCGCCGCGCCGCCGACCGGAGCCACCGCCGCGUGAACGGCUUCCUCGGCGCCAUCGAGGGGCCGUCGUCAACGGCGAGGCUGGGGAGCGACGGUGCCGGUGCUGGUGGCGCAGAGGCCUCCGUGCACGCCAGCACGGCGACGUACCUCGUCGACAUCGCCAUCGGGACGCCGCCGCUCCCGCUCACCGCGGUGCUCGACACGGGCAGCGACCUCAUCUGGACGCAGUGCGACGCGCCGUGCCGGAGGUGCUUCCCGCAGCCGGCGCCGCUGUACGCGCCGGCCAGGUCCGCGACGUACGCCAACGUGUCGUGCCGCUCGCCGAUGUGCCAGGCGCUCCAGAGCCCGUGGUCCCGCUGCUCGCCGCCCGACACGGGCUGCGCGUACUACUUCUCCUACGGCGACGGCACCUCCACCGACGGCGUCCUCGCCACCGAGACGUUCACGCUCGGCUCGGACACCGCCGUGCGCGGCGUCGCCUUCGGGUGCGGGACGGAGAACCUCGGCAGCACGGACAACUCCUCCGGCCUGGUCGGCAUGGGGAGAGGCCCACUGUCGCUGGUGUCUCAGCUCGGCGUCACCAGGUUCUCCUACUGCUUCACGCCCUUCAACGCCACCGCGGCGAGCCCGCUCUUCCUCGGCUCGUCGGCGCGCCUCUCGUCCGCCGCCAAGACCACGCCGUUCGUGCCGAGCCCGAGCGGCGGCGCGCGGAGGCGGAGCUCCUACUACUACCUCUCCCUGGAAGGGAUCACCGUCGGCGACACCCUCCUCCCGAUCGACCCAGCCGUGUUCCGGCUCACGCCGAUGGGCGACGGCGGGGUCAUCAUCGACUCCGGCACGACGUUCACCGCGCUGGAGGAGCGCGCGUUCGUGGCGCUGGCGCGCGCGCUCGCGUCGCGCGUGCGGCUGCCCCUGGCGAGCGGCGCGCACCUCGGCCUCAGCCUCUGCUUCGCCGCGGCGUCCCCGGAGGCCGUGGAGGUGCCGCGGCUGGUGCUCCACUUCGACGGCGCCGACAUGGAGCUGCGGCGGGAGAGCUACGUGGUGGAGGACCGGAGCGCCGGCGUGGCGUGCCUCGGGAUGGUGAGCGCGCGGGGGAUGUCGGUGCUCGGCAGCAUGCAGCAGCAGAACACGCACAUCCUGUACGACCUCGAGCGAGGCAUCCUAUCCUUCGAACCUGCCAAAUGCGGCGAGCUUUAGGAUUCGCAUGAUCAAAGAGAUACAUGACCAUAUGUACAUAACUUGAAUUUUCUAUCAGUUGCUUUUGCAAUUAUUCUAUGGAGGUGUUUUCGUUCCCAAGGCGACAUUCCCUCUGUUUAUUGCAUGUCGAGAAACACACUUUUCCCUUGUUCUCUUGCAUAUGCUUGGUUGAUUAUGCGUGUGCUUGGUGGUGUGUUCUGUGUUCAUGUUCUUCAAAGAAGUCUGAUGUUCAUCUGACUUCUAAAAUGCUAAAUAAUUUCAGCUGAAUGCAGCUCAAUCACUGCAGCUAAAUCUGAAAUCCAAACUUAACAUACUUUUAUUUACAAGUGCGUGUAUAUUAC